AUGUCAAGAUUGUUUAAGGUGCUCAAAGCAACUCAAUUCAAAUAUGUGUCUUCAUUUCUUCUUGGAUCGACAAUCUCCGGCGGAGUGGUGUAUUACAAUUAUAAGAAAUCAUUGAAUUUCAGCUUUCCUCCAACAUCCACUACCCCAAUUACAGCUGCACCACCUUUACAAUAUGGGGAUGUAUCCAAAGCUAUAUCUGAGAUCACAUCAAAAUUGGGAUCUUCAAAGAUAACUUUCUCAGAGAGCGAAAUUUUACACCACUCUGACAGUUCAUUCUCAACGGAUCAUGCAAAACCACAUGAACGCCCCCAUGCUGUUGUUUAUCCUGAAUCCACUGAAGAUGUUUCUGAAGUCUUGAAAAUUUGUCAUACUUUGAAAGUCCCUGUCGUGCCAUUCACCGGUGGGACCUCGCUUGAAGGUCACUUUAUAUCCACAAGAAAUGGUAUCUCUGUUGAUUUGUCGAGGAUGAACAAAGUCCUUGCAAUUCAUCCAGAAGAUUUGGAUGCGGUUGUUCAGCCUGCUGUUGGCUGGGAAGAGUUGAGAGAUACGUUAUCCGACUAUAACUUGUUGUUUGGCCCUGAUCCUGGCCCAGGUGCUUGUAUUGGUGGUAUGGUUGCGACUUCCUGUUCCGGUACAAAUGCUGCAAGGUAUGGUACAAUGAGAGAAAAUGUUGUUUCUGUUAAAGUUGUGCUUCCAGAUGGGACUAUUGUGAAAACUAAAAGAAGACCAAGGAAAUCAAGUGCUGGUUAUAAUCUAACUAAUUUAUUCAUUGGUAGUGAAGGUACCUUGGGUAUUGUGACCGAAGUUACUUUGAAACUGAACGUCAAGCCAAAAUAUGAGAGUGUUGCAUUGGUCUCGUUUGAUAAGUUAAAAGAUGCUGCUGGAUCAGUUACUAGCUUUGUCCAAGAAGGUCUACAACUAAACGCGAUUGAAUUACUUGAUGAUAAGAUGGUACAUUUUGUUAAUGAGUCCGGUGAAACCGAUUUGAAAUACGAUGAGCUUCCAACUUUACUUUUAAAGAUUGGCGGCUCAUCUCCUGAGUCGGUGAAUUUGCUAAUCAAAACUGUCGAGAGGAUUGUCAAUGCUAACAAUGCUAAGACUUUUAAGUUUGCCUCCAACGAAGAGGAGAAGUAUCAAUUGUGGAAUGCCCGUAAAACUGCACUUUGGUCAACUAUCGAAUAUGGCCGCAGAAAUAUAGACAAGGAUAUCCAGGUUUGGACGACUGACGUUGCAGUUCCAAUGUCAAAAUUUGUGGAAGCAGUCGAAGAAACCCAAAAGGAAAUCGAAGAAUCCGAUUUGCUUGCAUCUAUUGUUGGCCACGCAGGUGAUGGAAACUAUCAUACCGUUAUUUUAUUCAAGGAAGAACAGCGUGCCUUGGCUGCAAAAUUGGUCUCAAAUAUGGUUGAUCGUGCUCUAGCCUUUGAUGGUACCGUUAGUGGUGAGCAUGGGAUUGGUGUUGGCAAGAAGGAGUUUUUGAUUGAUGAAGUUGGUCAAGAAUCUGUGGACUUGAUGAGGAAAAUUAAAUUCUCUAUUGACCCUCAUAAAAUUUUGAACCCUGAUAAGGUCUUCUCGAUCGAUCCUGUAAACGAUAGAUCGAUAUAA